AGAUUAGGUGAAGAAAAUUAAGGUACAGGGCACGGCUUGUGUGCGGAGUCAGCCGCGUUUGGAUUCUGCGGAGAUGGUGACGGGUCUCCAGUUUUCCCUGUGGGUUCUACUGGGGCCACUGCUUUUCCUGGGCAUCAGGCCUGGGGCCGAGGGCGGGAAGGUGCUGGUGGUGCCCAUGGAAGGCAGCCACUGGCUCAGCAUGCGGAAGGUCGUGCAGGAGCUCAGCGCCAGAGGCCACCAGGCUGUCAUCCUUGCUCCAGAAGUGAGCUUGCACGUGAAAGAAGCUGACUUUUUCACCCUGAGAACCUAUGCCACUGCCUAUACCCAAGAAGAAUAUGAUCAGCUCAUGAUGGACCAUACUCAGAUGGUUUUUGAAGAAAUGCAUUUUCUGAAGAUAUUUUUUAAAAGUAUAGCAAUGGUGAAAAAUACAUCUAUGCUCUUUGAAAAGUCUUGUGCAGAGCUACUGCAUAACAAGGAGCUGAUCAGGUCCCUGAAUGCCAGCUCAUUUGAUGUGGUUCUAACGGACCCCAUUUACCCCUGUGGGUCCUUGCUGGCUGAGUACCUGUCUGUUCCUGCUGUGUAUUUUUUGCGUUUCCUUCCAUGUGACUGGGAUUUUGAGGGCACACAGUGUCCAAACCCUUCCUCAUAUAUUCCUAGGAUGUUAACAAGGAAUUCAGACCACAUGACUUUCCUGCAGCGGGUCAAGAAUAUGCUCUACCCUCUGACCCUGAAAUACGCUUGUGAUAUUUCUUUGUCUCCCUACGCAAGGCUUGCCUCUGAGAUCCUGCAGAGAGAGAUGUCCCUGGUGGAUGUUCUCAGCUAUGCGUCUGUGUGGCUGUUCCGAGGAGACUUUGUGAUGGACUAUCCCAGGCCCAUCAUGCCCAACAUGGUCUUCAUUGGGGGCAUAAACUGUGCCCACAGGAAGCCUCUGUCUCAGGUCUGUAUGGGUGCCAUUACCUAAUCAGGGUUCCAGG